AUGGUGGUAGCGAUAGUGGUGACCGAUCAAGACAAGCCAGGUAUGGGAGUUGUCCUCUACAGCCAAGCGCCCAUGUCAGAGUCUUCCCCAGUGGAGCUUCACCGCUCAGGGGAGUGUAGGCCUCGACAAGCCCAGGAGCUGACACUUGACGUGGACACUUACAGACUCCAGCUAGUGGAGGCGCUCAAGAUGGGAAUCCUGAACUCACUUGGCAUGGACAAAGAGCCCGAAAUUACCCGAAAGGUGUCCGAACAAGAGUUGAGGAAGAUGUCUCGGCUGUACCGGGAAAAAGUGAGGGAGCUGAGAGGAAAUUUCGUGAGAGCCACUAAGUCGAUGGUGCUUUACCCAGCUACAGCAUGUCAACCUCUGUUGCCGCCUGGUCAACACAUGCAAUGGUACCGAGCAGUUUUCCAGAAGAACCCAAACAUCCAAGGAGGAGCCAUUCCGACCAGAGCUGAACUAAAGGUUUCCAGGCAGAUUCCAAUGCAACCAACACAGUCUGAGGCGAGGCAAAGGAUUGAAGUUCAAGUCGUGAAGGCAGUAAACUUCACCAAAUGGACUCACACAGACCAUCAUGAUGUGUCACCCCUUCAAAAUGUGACAAUGGACAUCACCUCAAAGGCAACAAAGUGGAUAAGAACAGAUGACUCGUCACUAGUCGUGGAUGUUCAGACGACCGUGGGGGAAGGCCGACCAAACAUAUCACUGGAAUUAGACUUAAUUCAACCUGGAGCAAUUCGAAGACUGCCUCGCUCCAACAGAGAGGACGAGUGCAAUGAGCAAGGCUGGUGCUGCCGCAAAUCCGUCAACGUGUCUUUCAAAGAUAUCGGCUGGACCGACUGGAUCGUGGCUCCGACGGAGUACACCAUGCACCUGUGCGAUGGCGCCUGCCCUCACAACUACAAGCCUGCUAGCAUGCACACGCAGGUUAAGUCUCGCCUGUAUCAAAUCCUAAAGGGCGGCUCGCCUCGGCCUUGCUGCGUCCCGGCCGCCUAUGAACCCAUGGUUAUCAUGUACAACGAUGGGAGGGGCAAGUUGAAACUGACGCCUUUUAGUGACCUGAUAGUCACCAAAUGUCAUUGCGCCUAA